GGAGGCGCUGUCCGGGCCGGGUCGGGCUGGCGGCGGCGGCUGAAGCGGGCGGGCGGCGGCGGGUCCGACCGCGGGCGGAACGCGGAGAGAGCGGCCGGAGGUUGAGCGGGCCCGCAUGGGGUUGCGCGGGGCCGCGGGUUGAUCUCGCCGCGGGGCGCGAUGUCGAAUCCCGGGACGCGUCGGAACGGCUCCAGCAUCAAGAUCCGCCUCACAGUAUUAUGUGCCAAGAAUCUUGCAAAGAAAGAUUUCUUCAGACUUCCUGACCCGUUUGCAAAAAUAGUUGUUGAUGGGUCAGGUCAGUGCCACUCAACUGACACUGUGAAGAACACAUUGGACCCCAAAUGGAACCAGCAUUAUGAUCUAUAUGUUGGGAAGACAGAUUCCAUAACCAUCAGUGUAUGGAACCAUAAAAAAAUCCACAAGAAACAGGGAGCUGGCUUCCUGGGGUGUGUGCGACUCCUCUCCAAUGCCAUCAGCAGGCUAAAAGACACCGGAUACCAGCGUUUGGAUCUAUGCAAACUAAAUCCCACGGAUACUGAUGCUGUGCGAGGCCAAAUAGUGGUCAGUUUACAGACACGGGACAGAAUAGGCACCGGAGGUUCUGUGGUAGAUUGCAGAGGGCUUUUGGAGAAUGAAGGUUUCCCCAUUUUCAGAACGGUUUAUGAAGAUUCUGGACCAGGGAGGCCACUGAGCUGUUUUAUGGAAGAACCAGCACCCUACACAGACACGACAGGGGCUGCAGGUGGAGGCAAUUGUCGCUUUGUAGAGUCUCCUAGUCAAGAUCAGAGGCUUCAGGCACAGCGCCUUCGGACUCCUGAAGUCAGAGGUCAUGUACAGACACCUCAGAACAGACCUCAUGGUCACCAGUCUCCUGACCUACCUGAAGGCUAUGAACAAAGAACAACGGUACAGGGACAGGUUUAUUUUUUGCACACGCAGACUGGAGUUAGCACGUGGCAUGACCCUAGGAUACCAAGAGACCUUAACAGUGUGAAUUGCGAUGAGCUGGGACCUCUGCCUCCAGGUUGGGAAGUUAGGAGCACGGUUUCAGGAAGAAUAUAUUUUGUAGAUCAUAACAACAGAACCACGCAAUUCACAGAUCCACGACUACAUCACAUCAUGAAUCAUCAAUGCCAGCUAAAAGAGCCCAGCCAGCAGCCUCUGCCAGCUCCAAACGAGGGGUCUGUGGAAGAGGGUGAAGAGUUGCCUGCACAGAGAUAUGAAAGAGACUUGGUGCAAAAGCUGAAAGUUCUUAGACAUGAGCUCUCCCUUCAGCAACCACAGGCAGGUCACUGCCGAAUUGAGGUAUCCAGAGAGGAAAUAUUUGAGGAAUCCUACCGUCAGAUAAUGAAGAUGAGGCCAAAGGAUUUGAAAAAGAGGCUCAUGGUAAAAUUUCGAGGCGAGGAAGGCCUGGAUUAUGGAGGAGUAGCAAGAGAAUGGUUGUAUUUGCUGUGCCAUGAAAUGUUGAAUCCAUACUAUGGACUCUUCCAGUACUCUACAGAUAAUAUUUACAUGCUGCAAAUCAAUCCAGAUUCCUCUAUCAACCCUGACCACUUGUCUUAUUUCCAUUUUGUUGGUCGGAUAAUGGGUUUGGCUGUGUUCCAUGGACACUAUAUCAAUGGGGGGUUCACGGUGCCCUUUUAUAAACAGCUCCUGGGGAAACCCAUUCAGCUCUCUGAUCUGGAAUCUGUUGACCCAGAACUGCACAAAAGUUUAGUCUGGAUUCUAGAGAACGAUAUCACCCCGGUUCUGGACCAUACUUUCUGUGUGGAACACAAUGCUUUCGGAAGGAUUUUACAGCACGAACUCAAACCAAACGGCAGGAACAUUCCAGUGACAGAAGAGAACAAGAAAGAAUAUGUCAGGCUGUAUGUGAACUGGCGAUUUAUGAGGGGCAUAGAAGCACAGUUCUUGGCUCUGCAGAAAGGUUUUAACGAACUCAUUCCCCAACACCUCCUCAAGCCUUUUGACCAGAAGGAACUUGAGCUAAUCAUAGGAGGCCUGGAUAAGAUAGACCUGAAUGACUGGAAGUCAAACACACGUCUGAAGCACUGCAUGGCAGAUAGCAAUAUUGUGAAGUGGUUCUGGCAAGCGGUGGAAACAUUUGAUGAAGAAAGAAGGGCAAGGCUUUUGCAGUUUGUGACGGGUUCGACGCGUGUCCCACUUCAAGGUUUCAAGGCUUUACAAGGUUCUACAGGCGCUGCAGGACCCAGAUUGUUUACCAUCCAUUUAAUAGAUGCAAACACAGACAACCUUCCAAAAGCCCACACUUGCUUUAACCGGAUUGACAUUCCGCCUUAUGAGUCAUAUGAGAAGCUUUACGAGAAGCUGUUGACAGCUGUGGAAGAGACAUGUGGCUUUGCUGUGGAGUGAAAAAGCAACCAAAGGAAACAGAUGCUAGCUCAUGGACCACCAAAUCAAAAGCUAGAAGAAGCUUGCUGUGACCUUCCUGCUAAGCUGUCUGAAGCACCGGAACUCUGGACAACUUGGAGAUGGGUUGUUUCCCUUCCACUCUUGGUGGAUGAUGGUGGGGGCAGGGGCUUUUGUUGGUGGUUUCCAACUCUUUUUCUCCUUUGUUACAAUAAGCCCUUCCCUCUUCUUCCAUCCCCCAUAAAAUGAAAUGCAGCCAAGUCCAGCAUUUGGCUUUGGAUGCACAGGAUAUUCUGCUAGAUUUGUAACACAUAUUGUGAUAGGGUCGAUGCCCUGUGGGUUUUGUUUUUUUGAACAGGAGAGUCGCAGUGUAAUUCAGAAUGAGCUUGAUUUGCUGAGGACAUGCAGAUGGUUCGGUGUGCCUGGUUAGUUUGUCUAAAAUCAAGCUUGAACCCCGUAGAGUCCAGUGGGUGCAGAGUGUCUGAUGGGCACAAGAAUUUGCAUUGCACAUUCUGAACACCUGAUUAAAAAGCGAACUUCUAGCAGAAAUUACCUCCAUAUGAGCAUUUAACUGAAAGGCAAAGAAAUUCAAGUUCUGCCUUAGCAGGAAGCUCCCAGUGGAAGCUGCGGCUUACCUUGAGAAAAGCAAAAGAAUUGGGGACAGCUCAAAUGGUAUUGUAUGAUUUCUUUUUGGUUGUCCUGGCUGAAACCUAAUUGUUUUGCACAUGAAAGCAGUUAUUUCCUCCUGCAGAAUUACUUUCCGUAGUUUGCUCAGAUAUAAUUACCUUGCAGAGAAGCUUUGUGAGGAGGAGACAGAGGACAAAAUUUAUUCAAUUUCAAAGCUGUGAUUUCUGUGCCACUGUUUUACCUGAAACGUUGUUGUGACUUCGUGUUGGAAGACUCAAAGUGGAAGCGGCCGAACGCUCAGUCGACAGAGCUGACUUCUGUUCUGAAGUUCUUGGCCUUGCAAAAGGUUUAUUUGGAGGCUGUGGUAAAAGGGUAACUAUACAGUGAAUGCAUUUUAAAUGUUAUGGAAAGCUAUGGAAAGGAUUUACGACUUCAGUUCUGUAAGGAUAAGGAUUUCCCCAGAGAGCCAUAGGAGGCUAUUUUUUCAAAUACCUGAAACUAAUAUUCAAAGGUUGGUUCUCUAACACAUGGCUAAGAUAACUUCCCGAGGGAAACA